UGUAUGGCUAAGUGUCCUGCCCUGUGAGCUGUAUGAUUAUGGUACAUUGGUGAUGUUUUAAGUUCCACACCUAAGAGGAAGAAAGCAUGAUCAAUUAUUGUCAUUUAAAUUGGUACAAUAAUUGAUUCUCUGUUUACCAGUCUUUACACAAAUUUAAUGAAUUGUUAAUAAUACCAGCAGUGCAUUGGGAGUGAUUCAACUGUAUUUUAAUAUAGCAAUGAACCCUUCAACAAAUGCAGGUAGUGUUAGUUACUCACAUGUUUCAGCACUAAUGGAUGAAGACAUGGAGGAGAUCCAGAUUGUCCCAGUAAAAGAACCACUUGAAAGGCUACCUUCUGGUGGCUAUAGUGUCAGACGUCAAAAGUCUAAAGGAGGUACAUUUAAAAGGGAGAGCAAAAUACCAGUAACACUUGACGAGGAGGAGGAUAAAAAUCCACAGUGGAUUCCGAAGAACCUUAACCAACGAGAAUGCAUCCACUACGUAGCACGACCACCUAAAAAAAAUGAUGACCCAAAGGAUCCAUCGUGUCAUUGCGGAAAUAAAAAAUCGUCCCACGAUAAACGUUACAUCCGAGAUGAGAUCACGACCACGGAAUGGAAGACGGAGUCAGAUACACAAAUUACGCAGACUACUGCUUAUGGCGAAGUUGAAUUUGUUGGAGCUAUCGGCAGUUCUGCAACUCUUAAACAAAAAAAGUAUGUUCGAUUGGAUCAUCUGACACCCCCUUCUAAAGUUCUUGAACUUUUAAGGGACCACUGGAAGCUGGGGGUACCUAAACUUCUCAUCUCCGUGACUGGUGGUGCCUUAAACUUCCACAUGAACGCCAGGCUACGAGAAGUGUUUAGGAAAGGUCUGAUCAAAGCAGCACUCAGCACAGGAGCAUGGAUCAUCACCGGAGGCACUCAUGCAGGCGUUAUGAAGUAUGUGGGUGAUGCCGUGCGGGAUUAUGCCCUAGCAACUGGAACCAUGAAUAGGAACAAUGUAGUCGCCAUUGGAAUAGCGUCAUGGGGUGUGAUUCAUCAGAAAGAAAACCUAACCAAAGACGAAAAUAACCCCUAUGGUCCAGCAAAUUAUCGCAUGGAUGUCAGUGGGAACGUAAAGCUAGAUCCAAACCACACCCACUUCAUACUCGUCGAUAACGGUACUUCCGGCAGCUUCGGUGUUGAAAUCAAACUUAGGGCUAAGAUUGAGAAAGCUAUUUCAGAACAAAGAAUUGGUGAUGGCAAGGAUGAGGAUGUAUCUGUACCAACCGUUUGCGUUGUAGUCGAGGGCGGUCCCAACACCAUCUUUACAGUGCAUCAAGCGGUCAUGAACGGUACACCAGCUGUAAUUGUAGCUGGCUCAGGACGUGCUGCAAAUAUUCUUGCGUUUGCUGCACAAAGGGCUAGAGAAGUUGAAGAAGAUAACAAUGGCGGUAAAGAAAAAAAGAUGUUUAUUGGUGACAACUUGAGAGCAAAAUUAGCACAACUAAUCAAAAAGGAGUUUGGUGAGAACGUUACUGAAACGGACCUUGAGUUGCAUCUGAAUCGCAUACAAGAAUGUGUUGAGAAGACUGACCUGUUUAAUGUGUAUGACAUGGACUCAUCAACCGGUCUCAAAGAUAUCGAUGAAGCUAUUUUACAUGCUUUACUGAAAGCUAAUAAAGGAAGCAAGCAAGACCAGUUGAAGUUGACACUAGUGUGGAAUCGUAUUGACAUUGCUAGGAGUGAACUUUUUACUGAUGACAAAGAUUGGAAGGCACCUUACACCUUUGCAACAUAUAUAGUUGGUCAAAAUUCAAGAGGAAACCUUAACACAUUUGAUAACCCGAUUCGGGAGCUUUUGAUCUGGUCGGUUCUACAAGGUCGUGAAGAUAUGUCUAACUUCUUUUGGGAAGAAUGUAAAGAGAUGAUAGCUGCUGCACUCACAUCCUGUAUGAUCCUCAAGAAUAUGUCGGAAAAAGAGGACGAUGCUGAUCAUAAGGAGCACCUGUCUCGAUUGUCAGAUGCAUUUGAAGACUUUGCCAUUGGAGUUCUGAAUGAGUGUUACAAUGAAGAUGAAGAGAGGACCUCUAUCAUUCUGGUUCGGGAGUUUCAUCAGUGGGGGCGUGCUACAUGUUUGAGUUUGGCUGUUAAUGGCAGGAUGAAGAAGUUUGUCAGUCAGCAAGGAGUCCAGAAUUUGUUGACGGAAAUCUGGAUGGGAAAACUUUCCAAAGAAAAUUCAUUUUACACUUUGGCCCUGUGUGUUGUUUGUCCACCUCUCAUCUAUUUUCUCAUCAAAUUCCGUGAAGAUGAGAGUGAGGAGGAAGAAGAUAACAAUUUAGUAAAGAGAUCAAAUUCAAAACGAAAGAAAUCCAUCAAAGCAAAUGGUAAUAAUUUAGAGGGUGAUCAACUCAGUCAAAGUCUUCAGAUGGUUAAGGUUCAAGAUUCUAAUGGUGGUGCAGAAGAUAAACCUGCAAAACCAACUGGAGGUACUAAUCAAGAUGAGGAGUUCUACCACCCUACACAUGAUGUUGAUAUUCGUGACAGUGGCAAGGAACUCUCCUGGUAUCAACGUUUCAAACUUUUCUAUGAUUCUCCAAGAAUUACUUUCACGCAUAACCUGAUAUUUUACUUCUUAUUCCUGGCACUUUUCAGCUACAUCAUGUUAACCAGCUUCACCAAAGAAGUGUCAGUUGCUGAAUAUGUUCUCCUAUUCUGGAUGAUAACACUGUUUACUGAAGAGUUCCGACAGAUUGCACAAGGAGAGUCUAAUAGAUGGCGGUUGCGCCUCUUAUUCUGGAUCACUGACUACUGGAAUAUAGUGGAUCUAGCAACUCUGAUUUUGUUCACCGUCGGAUUCACAAUGCGUUUUUUUAAUGAAACGUUUGCUGCCUCUCGUGUCGUUCUUGCUAUUGACCUCAUGAUCUUUUACAUUCGCCUUUUGCAUGUUUUUUCUGUCAACCAAAAUCUGGGACCCAAAUUGAUCAUGAUCAGCAAAAUGAUGGUGGAUCUAGCAUUCUUUAUGUGCAUAUUAUUUGUGUUCCUGGUAGCAUACGGCGUCGCUUCCCAAUCUAUCAUGUUUCCAAACACAGACGGAUUUAUACCGGUAAUCAAGGGAAUAUUUUUUCAAUCAUACUUCCAGAUGUAUGGAGAACUUUUCCUGGAGGACAUCCAAGUCGAGAAUGGUAGUUGCACCAAAUUACAGGACGGAUCUGUGGGAGACAUUGAAGAUCCCUGCCCUGAAUUUUCAUGGGUUGCCAUCUGUUUACUUGCCGGAUACAUGUUGUUUAGCAAUGUGUUACUGCUCAAUCUCCUUAUUGCAAUGUUUAGUUACACCUUCUCUGCAGUGCAGGACAACACUGACCAGUAUUGGAAGUAUCAACGUUAUGAGAUCAUCUCUGAGUAUUUUAGUCGACCUCCUCUAGCACCACCAUUCAUAGCUGUGUCUCACAUUUACAUCCUUGUUACCUACAUUCUUAGGACUUUCUGUAAUUGUCCUUGGAUUAGUAGUCCAGCUGGUGUCCUCAAGCAGAAAGUGUCGGAAGCUGAAGUCAAACAUUUGGCAUUGUGGGAAUCAUUGAACGGAGAUAACUACAUGACAGGAGAACGACAGAAACAUCAGCAAGACAUCAAUGAAAGAGUCAGAUCUUUGCUUGAAAAAGUGGAUGAGAUGAACCUGAAAGUAGAUGGGGCUCCAGAAAGUACUGUAUUUGGAGGAAGUACUGCGAAUGCACGAAUUGACCGACUUGAAGAUCAGAUGGAACGUAUUAAUAAGGCAUUGGAUUGGUUGAUCAAAGCCCACAUUGAAAAUGACAUAGGAUGUGAGAGUGGAGCACCAAAGCUGAAAGCGAUUAAAUAUAAAGAGGAUGAUGAUGAUUUCAUUCCUGAUGAGGAAGAAGUGCACAAGGUACCAACAACUUUAGAAGAGAUUGGAAUUAUGAUCCACAAGAAAGCACGACAGAGUCCUUAUCCUGGUACUGCCAUCCGAAGAACUUACGUCCCAGAUGCCCAAGUUCGCUGGGAGGUUGACUUUCCAAAUUAUGCGCCAAAACAGUACACACACCAAUCCGUUCUUGAUAUGCCUCACUGGGCAGAUAUUGACUUGAUGGCCAUGUCAAAGGAUAAACGACCCAUGUUACAAUUUAACAAUGAAGAUGUAAAAUGCAAGGUGGAUCGUAGAAGUCAUGUCCAAAACUAUGUGGUUAAAGAUGGACUGCCAUUAAAUCCAAAAGGGAGAACUGGUAUGAUUGGUCGAGGUCUUCUGGGUCGAUUUGGACCAAAUCAUGCAGCGGAUCCUAUUGCCACCAGAUGGAAGAUGAAUGCAGAUGGUUCACCAAUGAUGGAUGGAGGCAAGAAAGUACUAGAGUUUAUUGCUAUUCAACGCAAGGACAAUCAACAGUGGGCAAUACCUGGAGGUAUGGUUGAACCAGGUCAGGUCGUUAGUGAAACCCUCAGACGUGAAUUUUCUGAAGAAGCUCUCGGCCAGAUGACAAAAUGUGCCGAGGAGAAAGCAACAAUGGCUGAGAAUAUUGAAAAAUUAUUUGCAAAUGGCAUCGAAAUAUACCGAGGGUAUGUUGAUGACCCUCGAAACACAGAUAAUGCUUGGAUGGAGACGUAUGCUAUGAAUUUUCACGACGAAUCUGGCAGUGCUUUUGGACAAUUUCAACUUGAGGCUGGUGAUGAUGCCCAGAGCGUGAGAUGGCAAAGAGUGAGUUCAAGAAUUCCCCUGUUUGCCAGUCAUACGGCAAUGUUGCGCAAAGUAGCAGAAAAACAUAAUGCAGCCUUCUAAGGAUCGACAGUACAAAAUGUCAUCAAGAUGUUAUCAAGAUAUCCUUGGUUAUUAUUUAUGGGGAGGAUAAAGGACAUUAUUUGCAAGGGAUGGGGUGUAAAUAUAGUUUCCUAUUUGAGAAUGUACAAGUCAAACUUAUUUUUUAUAGUAUGUUUUCUAGUUCGUAAAACCGAUAUUUGUAUCAUUGUUUGUGGUAUUUUUUAUAUUUGCA